GAUAUCAUCAAGGAGAACCUUCGAAACAAAUGCACUCACUGGGGAGAAUCGAUCCGUUUAAACGUUCGGGAACGUCACUUACAAUCUAUCUCGCAUGAGGUUCCAUUGCAUUCAUGCACCAAUAGAUUCACACACGUCAUACCGGGGCGGCCAGCGUACACGAUGAUCUUGUCUCGAGCUUGUGUUCAACCACAAAGAUCCCCAUAGCCACAGCCAAAUUAGUUCAUCUUGAUUACAUAAAGAUGCCUGGAGAUAAUGGAAAAGCUUCUAGCUCAGGAGUAGAAGUCUUUUUUGUAGGAUCGCGACACGGUAUUUCUUAGGUCUAGUAGAAUUCCAGAAGGAAAGCAUAAACACGCACGGGAACGUUGAGAUUAGUAACAGAGAAGAGUGAAACUACAGCGUUGGAUUAGUUCAUCUCUUUCCUUCUAGCAAUUAUGCUGCUGAUUAGAUUCGCAAGGUUCUAAUGAACUGAGAUUGGCUAGACUUCGUUUCUAACCCCCACCCAACAACGAAGAUGUACUAUCAAACACAACAAUAACGCAUCAAGAGUUUUCAUCAGAGCCUUGAGAACUCGAAAUGUGAAUAGUAGGGGAAGUCUUAAAAAUUUGAGUCACUGCUCUACUCCGUAGUCAAACUUCGACUCUGACGUUUAAAUAAUGUAAUCGCACCGAUCAAUGAAAGGGCGCGCCUUGCCAAGCCCCAGCGGUGCCUAUGAAUAGCAUCAAAAGCAGCACACAACGCCGGGUAUUCUGCUAUCAGCAGUCAAUAAGAUGGUACGCCCUUGGGUCGGAUUUGUGAAAUCAAUAAAUAUAAAGUCAGUGGAGAUAAGCAGCUUCUCACUAAAAUUCUAGCAUCAUCAUCAUCAAUCAUUCAAACAAAGACGAAAACAUCGGCACAAUUAUUGAUAUGAAGCCAGCGACUACUCGCAAGACAGCACUCAUCUUAAUUGAUAUCCAGAAUGGUUUUCUCCAUCCAACAGCAUUUGGCGAUCUUGCAACUCGCAGCACGCCGAAGUGUGAGGAAAACAUCGCAAUGUUGCUUGGGAGGGCUAGAGACUACAAUGAAAAAUUAUUAGGGGCAAGCACCUCAUCGCCUAUCCUCAUUUGUCAUGUGCACCAUCACAGUAUCAGUCCUACCUCUAUGUUGCAUCCCAUCAAACAGAUAGAAGUUGAUGGAAAAUCAGUACCUGCAGUCCACCCGCAGAAAUUUGCAACUCCUCGUUAUAACGAGAGGAUUUGGACAAAGAACGUCAACUCGGCAUUCAUUGGAACGGGGCUGGAGAAGUUUUUGAAGGAGAACGGCGUGAGACAAUUGAUCAUCUGCGGUUUGACCACAGAUCACUGCGUCAGUACAUCGACGCGCAUGGCGAGUAAUUUGAGAAUCGUUGAUAUCAUGGAGAACGGGAGACUUGUGGAUGAAGGUGAUGUUGUGCUUGUCGGAGAUGCGUGCGCAACAUUUGCAAAGGGAGGAAUCGAUGCUGAAACAAUACACCAAGUCAAUCUUGCUAGUUUGGAUGAAGAAUUUGCGCAAGUACGAGAGACGAUGGAUGUUGCUGGACAGGUUUUCGUUGAGGUCUAAACAGGUGGGUGACUGGUUUUGUUACAAGCUAGCAAGCAUAUUUCAGAGCUGGCUUGUAAUGUGAUUCUAGAGCGAAAUCUAGAUACGAUGUAUAGCUUUGCGAAGCCCAAAAUGAAAUUUGAUCUCCUCUCUGACA